CAGUGUAGGCCUUGGACUAGACCACUGUUCUUAUCAGUCACCAGCCAGAGCCAUGCGAUUUCAUGUCGCGAUGUGGGGCAUUUACCACUGUUGUCUUUCUUUAUUAAUAGGUUUCACAGUUGUUGAGGGCCUCUGCCAUGACAACCACUGUCAUCAUCUUUGUCCAUCCGGGAAAUACAGCUGUCUGAGUCAUGACCACCUCCACAAUCACGGAUGUGAAUGUUUUCCCGCAGACCACUGUGACGACACAGACUACCCGUGUAGUCCCCUCCAAUGUCCACAUAACGAAUUGACGAGAUGCAGCCAUAACAAUAAAUGCGAGUGUUACUGCAACCGGGAUUCACAGUGCCAAAAUUGUCCAGAGCAAGGAUUCUGUGUUAAUGAAAAGUGUGUUUGUGAAUCAAAUGAUUACUGUCCUCAUGGUAAUCCGUUCUACUGUUAUAAACAUUUCAACUGCCCACAUAAUGAAUCAAAGAGAUGUAACGGAGAUAGGUGCGAAUGUUACUGCGAUUUGGACUCGGACUGUAAGAACUGUCCAGAGAAAGGCUUCUGUGUGGAUGGAAAUUGCGUUUGUGAAUCCCAUGACUAUUGUCCAAAAGGAAAUCACCUGUACUGCUCGUACAUGCAUCCAAUUUGUGGAAACGGAUUUACUGCUAAAUGCAAUUCUACAAACCACUGUUACUGCGCAUAUGUUCCAGACACAUGCAGCGAGCAUGACGUCAGCAAAUGUUUCCAUUUAACGUGCCAAACUGGAGAGAAAAAGUAUUGCAACGGAAGGACUUGUGUAUGUAAGCCGCUGGAUUAUUGUCAACAGAAUGACGCCGACUGUGGACACAAGAACUGUGUAGAUUCGUUAGGACAAGUAAAAGGGUGCAUCGAUGGAUUGUGUCAGUGUUUAGAUAUCCCCGAUUUUUGUGGUGGAAAUGACGUAAGCACCUGUCAGCAUCUCAAGUGCAACCAAUAUCAAGUGAAAAUCUGCGAUCAUGGCUUGUGCAAGUGUCAGGUCAAUCCAUCCUGUGAUGCUAACCAGGGCCUGAAUGAUACAUGUACCAUGGACAACACAGUGUUAGAGGUGAAAACAGCAGACGGCACAAUUCGCUACGACAACUGUACCAGCGGCAACCACUACCCUCUCUGUGUGGACGGGCGAUGUCAUUGCAUAUUCUGGAAGACGCCACCUCCUCUUCUGAAUGUAUCAUCAAGUACUGCGAAAAUAACAGCAACGACACCUAUAUUAGCAACAACACCUGUAGGAACAACACAAGCUGUAGUAGCGUCGACACCUGCAUUAGCGUCGACAGCAACAGUAGCCACAACAACUGCGACAGGCGUAUUUCCCAAUGUUUCCUCGUCCACGGCGACACAUCGACCAACUACAACUGCAAAACCAGCAGCUACAUGUAGUUCCAGAUCUGACUGCAACUCAAUGAAUACGUAUCUGGAGUUUCCAUUCCAUAUGCCUUGUCCUCCCGAUCACAUCAACUGUAUUAACAACAUGUGUAUCUGCAGUCUUGAGAAGAUUACUACAACUCCCCCACCAACCACUACGGCUGCACCAUCAGUUUCUUGCCAUCAGUGUGGAGACCCAUCUUCAAAUACUCCAUGUGACUUAAGAGACGUUUACAUGGGAAACCCGUCCCCUUGUACCAGCGGAAGUUAUUGCAUGACGGACGUUGUCCAAGGUGCUGACGAUAGUGUCGCCAUCUACAAAAGAUGUGUGGACGAGCUAACCUGUCGUAAUGAAUGGCUGGCCCAGACUUCUGACCAGGAUCGAUGUCUGAAAUACGCAGAAGGCGCUUUACCGGGAAAGUACACGUGUCACUACUGCUGCACAGCAGACGGCUGCAACUCGAAAGUAGUUCCGGAAUCCAAAUAUUUCUACACGGCUUUGUCAUCUACUGUCAACUGAAAUAACGACAUGAGAGUUAUAACAGACAGUUACUCUCUGUUGUUUAAGAGGGAAUUAACAAAAAUAAAUUUCCAAUACUUCCA